CGUGCCCGCCCGGUGCCGGUCCCGGUCCCGGUGCCAUGAAAUGUGUCAUCGCCGGCGGCAACGUGAAAGUCCUCGGCCGAGCCGUGCACUCCCUGUCCCGCAUCGGCGACGAGCUCUACCUGGAGCCCACCGAGGGCGGGCUGUCCCUGCGUGCUGUCAACUCCUCCCGUUCUGCCUUCGCCUCCUUCCUCUUCGCGCCCCUCUUCUUCCAGCUGUACGAGCCGGGCAGCACCGGGCCCGACACGGAGCUCUUCCGAUGCAAAGUCCACAUGAAGUCCUUCCUGGGCAUCUUCCGCUCGCUGCCCUCGCUGGAGAAGUCGGUGGGGAAAUGCCUCAUCCUGCUCAAGCCCCGUGCCAGCCGCCUGGUCCUGCAGCUCCACUGCAAGUACGGCGUCACCAAGACACACAACCUGGCCUUCCAGGAGUGCGAGCGGCUCCAGGCCGUGUUCGACACCCAGCGCUGCGCCAGCCGCCUCUGCGCCCCAGCACGGGUGCUGGCAGAGGCCGUGGUCCACUUUCCCCUGACGCUGGCUGAGGUGACGCUGGGAACUGGCCCUGGUGGCAAAAUCGGCCUGCGGAACUAUGUGGAGGAGGAGGCAGAGCUGAGCAAGACGAUGGUGACGGAGCUGUGGCUGGCUGAGGAUGAGUUCCAGUCGGUGGCCAUGGCCCCGGGCUCCCACAUCACCUUCUGCCUCAAGGAAUUCCGUGGGCUGCUGAGCUUUGCCGAGGCCUCCAACCUGCCCCUCACCAUCCACUUUGACGAGCCUGGCAGGCCGGUGAUCUUCACCCUGGAUGACACUGUCCUGGAGGUUCACCUGGUGCUGGCCACCCUCUCUGACCUGGAAAGCAACUCCCAGUCCCCUUCAACCAAUGGUGUGUCCCACCUGCCUGCCCCAUCAGACGACUUCCCCGACGACCUGGAGUCCUACAUGGUGGCCAUGGAAACCAGCGAGGGGGGCUUAGAGGGGCCCCCCAGCCCCACCUUCCCCCUGCGCACCCCCCGGCCAGCCGAAAGCCAACCCGAGGAGGAGGAGGAGGAGGAGGAGGAAGGAGCUGUGCCAGGGACCCCCCCGCACAAGAAGUUUCGCUCCCUGUUUUUUGGCUCGGUGAUGACACCAGGAAGGCCCGGCCCAGCCACCAGCCAGGAGGUGCUGGCGGAGGACAGCGACGGAGAAAGCUGAGCCCCGAGUCACUGC